CUCUCUCCGCCAUUCUCCCCCGCACUCCCCGCCUCUGCCGCUGCCCACUGCCCAACAUCCUUCCCCUAUCAGCUGCCCCUCGCACCUCAUUCUCUCACCGUCGCGUAGAAAUUCUCUCCCUGACGCAGCACGCACCACGCAGCGCGAAGCCAUGGCGGCCGUCUCGUCCAUGUUCCAGAAGCUCAGCAUUUCCUCGCUGAGCAGCUCCGCCGCUCUCUCCGGCGAGGCGGUCCUCCCCGCCUCCGCUAGGGUUUCGUUCGUUCCCACCACCCGCAGCGCGCCGCUGACCAUCGAGGCCGCGCACAAGAAGGGUUCCGGCAGCACGAAGAACGGCCGUGACUCCAAGGCUAAGCGGCUAGGCGUCAAGGUGUACGGCGACCAGCCGGCCAAGGCGGGGAGCAUUAUCAUCCGCCAACGUGGCACAACGUUCCACGCAGGCACCAACGUCGGCGUGGGCAAGGACUACACUCUGUACUCGCUUGUGGACGGCCUCGUGAAGUUCGAGCAGUACGGCCCCGACAAGAGGAAGAAGGUGAGCGUGUACCCGGUAACGGAGGAGAGGCAGGAGAACCCUGACAGCCGGAAGGUGAGGAACCGGGAGAAGUUCCGGCAGCAGAGGGAGAAGAGGCGGGCGCGCCUGGUGGCAGCGGAGGAGGCCCUCAUGUUUGCAACCGGGUCGCCUCUCAUCUCCAUCGCCUCUGCUGCUCCUGAGGCGGCUGUUGAGGGUGACAGUGUGGUGUGCUAAGCAAGGAAUAUUAGGCGUAACAAUUGUUUUUAAAUACGAUUUCUCUUUUGGAAAUGUAUAUUUGGAAUGUUCGAUCCUGGCAAGGAAUAAUGAGGUUCAUGAGGGGGAUUUGCAUUUGGUAGUUACGAUUAUUUAUCAUAUUGUAAAUGAACAGAGUGGAGUGUAUGCAGUA